AUGAAGGGAUCCCAAGCUGAUCUGGGUCAGAUAUUAGAGAAAAUGUCGGGACACUCACCAACAGAGGGCCCCGCGUAUCCUCACUUUGCCAUGAUCUAUAUCGACAGGAAAGGGAAUCUUUGCCAGCGCUCUUCUGAAUCAAUCGCAGAAAGCAGACAGGACAUUCUCUCGCCCACAGUGACAGCAGAAUUUCUGCGAGCCGUGGCGAGGUCGAGAGAGUCACAGGGCUCUCAGUUCCAAGUUCCCAUUCCCGUGCAAUCUACACAGGAACCUUUUCACCAGCAAAACUCCACUCUGCCACAAAGGGGGCUCGUGGCCCACAGUGGCAUGGCUUCCAAUGGUGAGGAGAGAAGCAGGAUUCCCACUGAAGACUCCCACGGCCAGUCCCCAAUGUGGCCACUGCCGCGUCAGUCCUGGUCACCUCAACAAGAGCCAACAGCCGGAAUCCUGCCCAGGAAAAAGCAUUUUGGGGGCCGAAGCCUGAAUUUGUCUUCACACCAGAAUGCCUCCAUCUCCGUCAAAGAGCCCGAAAUCUUGCGUUUGUACUAUGAGAAGAUUUUUCAGAAUCUCCAACAAACCAACUGCCGUGUCAUUGCAAAGGCCUACAUUAAGCUGGUAGAGCCUCGCAAGCAGGUCAAUUACCCUUAUAAUGGGCGGAAAACCGUGGAUGGAAGAGUCCAGCAGCUUGAUCCAGAGGUCACCAAGCCGCCGUGGUGGCCGACCGGGGUCUGUCAUCGGGAGCCAGAUCAUCUUCCCAAAGUUGAGCGCAUUCGUCUCUUGGUCCACAUCUUGUGUGACUUGCGCGAGAGCAACGGGGUCACUGCCGCCAGGCUCAGGGAAUGUGACCAGCCCAUCCGACGUCAGAUUCUCCCCGUCGAUCGUUUACAAAUACUCGACGAGAUGUACCGAGUGCGCGAGAAGGAGGAGAACUUCUUAGACGGCUUGCCAGACAACGAGCCCAGCGUAUUAAUCUCUCGCACAAACCUACCCCAAGUGAUGGAAGACACAUACAGUGGACAAAGCUCACCAUUGGAGGCUGGCUAUACCCCUGUCGCGAAAUCCGAGUGCAGCGACGACGCCCCAAGAGUUGGCACAAGCCAAGUCAUCAUGUCUGCGGAAGACCUUCAAAAGAGGCAUCCAUACUAUUCGCCCACUCCAUAUACCCCUACCAUGCACCCGAAUAUGCAAACCAGCCCCGGCACUCGAUACCAGACCUCCGAGACUUCCCCCCACGCCUCGACAUCGCCACAGGAGUUGAAACGGAAACGCGAAAUAUCCUCGGGCACUUGCUUGACUGACCGUACGCGUCAACCUGGCAUGACACAAUACCUAUACCCUGGAAACCCCGGAUUUCAACAGCCCAUGGAGCUAUACCACCAACCUGUCGUUCCCCAGCCAGUAACACAAGCGGUUGUAGUUACCCAGCCAGGGGUCCCAGGACCGGAAGGGCUGCCAUCCGAACUUAUGAUGCCAUACGGAUAUCCAUACUACUAUGGUUGCUGA